UCUGCUCACCGACGUGAGAGUGGAAGCGGGAGGCGGAGGGGGGCAGACAGCCCACCCACUCAUCACUUAGCGCCGCGACCACCGACACCCCCCUGUGCCGCCUUUAGUGAGGGGAAGCCCCUACAACGCUUGACUCGCUGAGUGGAUCUCCUGCGUCGUGCGUGCGCGUGCGUGCGUGUAGCCCCCCCCCCCCCCUCCAGGGGCUCCGUCCUCCUCAACAGUUGCCACCGGAGAGGAGGAGGAAGAGGAGGAGUGUGGCAGAGAGAGACAAGCAGACUGAGGACGGAAAGGGACGCGGAGAGCCACGCAGCUCCUGCCCCGGCUUCUGCUCCUGACAUGCAGUCGCUCAUCUCUCCGGGACGUGGAUUGCGACCACGGCAUCUGAGGAUUCCUUUCAUUUUCAAAAGCCAAACCAGAAGAAUAAGGAGGAGGGAGUCUCACCAAUGGAGGAGCGCGGGGUCACCGCCGAUGCCCCGACAAGAUGGCAAGGUUGCCAUAGUGACGGGAGGAGGCGGGGGAAUCGGCUAUGAGGUCGCCCGCCACAUGGCCAAACUGGGGGCACGUGUUAUCAUAGGUUGUCGGGACGAACAACAGGGUCUGGCAGCCGUCGAAAAGAUCCACGAAGAGUACAACGAGGCUGAAGUGGAGUUCAAAAAACUGGACCUAGCGUCUCUGCAGUCAGUCCGUCAGUUCGUCCGGAGCUUCAAGGAGCGUGACUUACCACUCAAUAUCUUGGUCAAUAAUGCGGGUGUCAUGCUAGUUCCUGAGGCUUGUACCGAGAAUGGAUUUGAACUGCACUUUGGCGUGAACUAUCUGGGCCACUUCCUGUUAACCUGCCUGCUCCUGGACACGUUGAAGCUCAGCGGCAAAUCUGGCAACUUCUCACGGGUGGUCAACGUCUCCUCCUCUGCGCACCGCAACGGCGAGAUCCGACUCAAUGACUUGAAUUGCAGACAGCGCUAUUCAGCCCACGCGGCUUAUUGUCACAGUAAGCUGGCGCAGCUCUUAUUUAGCUCCCACCUCCACCGGGAGCUGGAGCAGGGAAGUUUUCCCGUAAGCUCCUGCGCUGUGGAUCCUGGCAUGGUGGAUACGUCUCUCUACCGCCACCUCUGGACGCCCCUGCGCCUUGCACACGGUCUUGUGUCCCGCUUGUUUUUCAGGACUCCUACAGAGGGUGCUGCCACAGUCUUGUACGCUGCUCUGUCACCAACACUGGAGGGCGAGUGCGGAGGAGGCUACUGGGUCAACGGACGCAGGGACGCGACAACGCCGCUGACGUUUGACCCCGAGGUUCAGCGGCUUCUGUGGGAAACCAGCCACAGGCUUCUGGUUCCGCAGUAACUCCAAUUGCAUUGUGCCAAUCAGCUUCUUUAUCUUUAAUUGUUGCCAUUUCUGUUGACAAUCUCACAAUCCACCCCCCUGGGACCGGAGACUAUGAUUGGCUGGCCACAUUUUUUUCUUCGCUCCCGCCAAAGAAGGGCUACAGUGAAUGGAAGACUUUUUUCCCCAUUGUGAGCUAGCAAAGAGUGCACAUCCAUUCUAGGCCGUCGCCGUCAGUCCGCAGUGGGCACGCUACGACACCUGCCUUAACAGCGCUCUCCUGCUCAAUGAGGAGGUUGAUGAACUUGACCCAACACUUUUGCAUCUCAACAAUGUGAUCUGGAACAAAAAAAAAAACAAAAACAAAAAAACAACCAGCUUAUAGAAAGUAGAUUUUGGCACACGUUUCUUUGAUGUCAGUCAAAGUGUAGCGCACGUUCUGGAUUUUUCCUCAGCGCCCUUGCGUUGGAGGCGCCAAGUGAUGUCAUCGCUGAAUUUUAACACAUCAGUGAUUCUUGGGUCAUUCUGUGAUGAGGCCCAUUUUUCUGGCAGCACUUUGCUUAUUUGUGCAUUUCUCGUCUUGAAAUAACCGCUUUUGAGUCUUCACGUUGUCCUCUUCUAGUCAUGUGAUUUGCUGUGUUUUUCCAAAAAACUAACCCAACAACUCUUAGAAAUCCAAACAAAAGACUUUCAUGGCGAUUUAUGGCAUUUGCUAUUUCCACUGAAGCAGUGUUGUUUUUGUCAACUUUCAUGUCAAUCAUGACAACAAAACGGCUAAACAUGGCUCUUUGAUGUUAAAAUGACGGGACAAGACGGGACGAAAAUGGUGGGUCUUCUGUCAGAACUGAUGUUCAUUCAAAGAUGAGGUACAAGUCCUCCGAACGUACUUUACACAUAUAAUGUUACUUGACAAUUGCUUGUGAUAAAUUUCAUCUUAAACUUAUAAGUUUCCCACAUGACACCGGCCACAAAUGGACUGUAAUCUAGCUUCAAGCUCAAGUUAGCUUUGUUAUGCUAACGUCAAUUCAUUUGCUUAUGUUUGUUAGCAACGACUUAUGGUUGGGCACUAAGUAAUUAUAAUGGUUGUCUAACUUGUCAUAUUGACACACACAGACCCCCCCCCCCCCACACACACAC